AAGACACUACUUUUGUGUCAGAAAAGGGUCUUCACCAGCUCUCUUAUUUCACCUUCCCAACAAAUCCUGUGAGGCCAGCAUCUUUUUUCCUUCUUCCAUAAGUGAACCCUCUGUCAGACAGCUCCAAAGAAACGGAAGUCUCAGAUGCAAAGCCUCUCAGCAUCACAUCGACCCUCGCUACCGCCAUCCUUCCCAACAGGACUAAGAGCCUGGUACAAGGCUGCAAUCGACAAAGACACACUGGUCCUUGAAGUUCAGAUCUAGUGAAUAGUCCAGAGGAUCACUCCAGAUUCAUCAUGAUUGAAGACAACAAGGAGAACAAAGAGUAUUCCUUGGAAAGGGGAAGAGCAACUCUCAUAUUUUCCUUAAAGAAUGAAGUUGGAGGACUUAUAAGAGCACUGAAAAUUUUCCAGGAGAAGCAUGUGAACCUGUUACAUAUUGAGUCCCGAAAAUCAAAGAGAAGAAAUUCAGAAUUUGAGAUUUUUAUUGACUGUGAUAUCAACAGAGAGCAACUGAAUGAUAUUUUUCAUCUGCUAAAGUCUCAUGCUAAUGUUCUUUCUGUGAACCCACCAGAUAAUUUUACCGUGAAGGAAGAUGGUAUGGAAACUGUUCCUUGGUUUCCAAAGAAGAUCUCUGACCUAGACUUGUGUGCUACCAGAGUUCUGAUGUAUGGGUCUGAACUUGAUGCAGAUCAUCCUGGCUUCAAAGACAAUGUGUACCGUAAAAGACGAAAGUAUUUUGCAGAGUUGGCUAUGAACUAUAAACACGGAGACCCCAUUCCCAAGGUUGAAUUUACUGAAGAAGAGAUUAAUACCUGGGGCACCGUUUUCCGAGAGCUCAACAAACUCUACCCAACCCAUGCCUGCAAAGAGUACCUCAAAAACUUACCUUUGCUUUCUAAAUAUUGUGGCUAUCGGGAAGAUAAUAUUCCACAACUGGAAGAUGUCUCAAACUUUUUAAAAGAGCGCACAGGGUUUUCCAUCCGUCCUGUGGCUGGCUACUUAUCACCAAGAGAUUUCCUAUCAGGUUUAGCCUUUCGAGUUUUUCACUGCACUCAAUAUGUGAGACACAGUUCAGAUCCCCUCUAUACCCCAGAGCCAGAUACCUGCCAUGAACUCUUAGGUCAUGUUCCACUCUUGGCUGAACCAAGUUUUGCUCAAUUCUCCCAAGAAAUUGGUCUGGCUUCGCUUGGAGCUUCAGAGGAGACUGUUCAAAAGCUGGCAACGUGCUACUUUUUCACUGUGGAGUUUGGUUUGUGUAAGCAAGACGGGCAGCUAAGAGUCUUUGGUGCUGGCUUACUUUCUUCUAUCAGUGAACUCAAACAUGCACUUUCUGGACAUGCCAAAGUAAAGCCCUUUGAUCCCAAGAUUACCUGCAAACAAGAAUGUCUUAUCACAACAUUUCAAGAUGUCUAUUUUGUAUCUGAAAGCUUUGAAGAUGCAAAGGAGAAAAUGAGAGAAUUCACCAAAAUAAUCAAGCGUCCAUUUGGGGUGAAGUAUAAUCCGUAUACUCAGAGUGUUCAGAUCCUGAAAGAUGCCAAGAGCAUAACCAGUGCCAUGAGUGAGCUGCGGCAUGACCUUGAUGUCGUCAGUGAUGCCCUCACUAAGGUCAGCAGGCAGCUGAGUAUGUGACAGUCACCAGUCCUAAUCCAGAAGGCGUUCGAGCACCAAUGCAGAGCCUGUGGACCCACUGUUACUUUUCCUGAAGACCUGAUUCUGAAGGGACAGGAGCUUCUGUCUGAACAAUAUUCUCUAAUCUCACCCCUUAAUGAAUCACUGGUCUCUGAAAAUGUGUAAAAUGUGUACCUGGAUACUCUAUUCACCAGCUUUUUUUUUUUUUUUUUUUGAUGUUUGCUUUUUGGUAACUGCUGUAGUGAAAUAUAAUUUAUAUACGAGAAAAUUCACUGACUAUUUUUUUUUGAGACCAGGUCUUGUUAUGUACCCUAGGCUG